GGGAAAACGACGUAACAACGUGAUGGUGGGGAGAAGAAAAAUUAAAAAAUGGCAAUCGAAUUUCAACUCGGAUUUCCCCCCGCAUUCCUUCUUUCACUCUUUUUAGCCAUUGUUUAUGUUGGCAGUUUAUAUAUAUGGAAGACGUCUGCCGAUCGAGAUAAUCCAGACACCAUAAAGAGACGCUUUCUUAGUGUAUCCAUUGUCUGCCUCCUUGCUCCUCCAUUUCUUUGGAUUUUUUCCUCAAACUCCGAUGCACCGGAUGCACGCACAUUAUGGGAGUGGUUAGGAAUUAGAAUUUCUGGGAUAAUUCCCGCCUCUGUUCUUCCAUUUGUUCUAACCUUUGUCUUGUUCCUUGGCCCAGUAGUUCUUCAGUAUGUGGAGGGUAUAAUAUAUGUUUUCGUUGAUCCAAGGUUUUGGUGGGCAAGCCUCCGAGACAUCUACUGGCUAAGAAAUCAUGUUGUGGCCCCCUUCUCAGAGGAAUUCAUCUUCCGUGCCUGCAUGCUGCCAUUGUUAGUCCCAAGUCUUGGUGCCACGAGAGCUAUAUUUAUGUGUCCACUCCUGUUUGGAGUAGCUCAUUUACAUCAUGUGUAUGAAAUGGUAAAACAAGGAACGCAGUUCCAAGAUGCUUUGUUCGUUUGCUUGUUCCAGUUCGUAUAUACAACUCUAUUUGGAAUAUACUCAGGGUAUCUGUUUGUUCAAACAGGGCACUUGGCAGCACCAGUCAUUGUUCAUGCCUUUUGCAACCACAUGGGAUUCCCCAACUUUGGAGCCGUUUUAUCGUACAAGAGAUUACAGACAAGACUUUUCCUCAUGGCUGCCUUUACUCUAGGACUUGUUGGUUGGGUUAUCUCUGUCCGCCGCAUUACAGAACCCAGUUUAUACAGCAAUCAUAUCUACUCACUGGAUAUAUAGGACAUGUCAGCAUCAUUUUCAGUUACUUGUUUGAAAAAGAUCUCAAUACAGUUCAAAGGAGAGAAACAACCUCCAACUGCGUUGACCGGAUCUCGCGCCUGGAAACGCAUGCCCAGUGUGAACAUGAAGGCCCAAGUAACAGUGAAGAAAAGUAGCAUUUGUCUUGUCGCAGCUCCCCAUAUCUCAGUUAGUUAAGAAAGUUAAGAAUCUUUGGUGAAUGGAAAAGGGGGCUACAAUGACCCCUUUAUCUUACUUGUUGUCUUUAGAUAUUUACUUGUGAUAUUUAUUUGAGAUAUUUAGUUGUAUAGAAAAAUUGAGAAUGUAGUUAAGUAAGUGUGAACACUUAAAGUGUUUUUGUAUAUGUUGGUAGGGUACUUAU